CAACCAGCAAUAUACGCAGUUGAUUUUUCCGCUAUAAAACAAGACGACCAAAGCGCAAGAGAAUCACACAGACAACAACUGUCUUUUCAGUUACACCCCACUUCAAAUUCUUAGUCAAAAUGAAAUUCUUGGCUAUUGUAGUAGUUGCCUUGGCAGUAGUCUUUGCUAGCGCCAUGGCUAUGCCGUACGGCGAUGUGCCUCCAUCUCCUUAUUCCGAACCGGCCGCACCGGCUCCCGAAUAUUCGGCUGAACCCGCUCCACCAACUUACGAAGCUCCUGCUCCUGCACCAGUCAUCGUUAGCGAUUCCUAUCCGGCUGCUUCCGAUCCAUACGCAGAUCCUUCCCCUGUCUCUUAUUAGAAUGGUGCCAAAAUUGAAAGUCAAGUACGAGCUAGUUGAUGAACAUGUAACCUGUACCAAAUCAUUUACGGAAAACAAAGCAAGCCAAUUGAAAUAUCAUUGAUUUAACUCCUUGUGAAAUCUGUAGUUGAAAAAGUUUGGAAUGAAAGCAGAAAAAAAAUAAAACGAAAAUGGUC